CGCACAGAGCUCACAAGCAAAGCCAGCACCGCCAUCGCCUCAGAAGCAGCCUGUAAAGCUUCCCACCAUAAAUCAGCAUCUUCUCUCUCUCCCCCUCUCCAAUGGCAGCUCCUGCGACCUCUCUCCCACCUUCUCUCUCGCUGGCCCUUCUCCUUCUGCUCCUGAGCAUCUCCUCGUCGCAAGCGGGCGAGAUCGUCGUGGGCGGAUCCCCCGAGGGCGGGUGGACGAUCCCCUCCUCGGAGACGACCUUCACUCUCAACGCCUGGGCCGAGAGCUCCCGCUUCCGCAUCGGCGACUCCCUCGUCUUCAGGUACGACGCCGCCCAGGACUCCGUCCUCCAGGUCACCAGGGCCGGCUACCUGAGCUGCAACGCGUCCGGUCCCGUCGCCCAGCACGUCAACAAGGACGGCGAGGCCAAGGUGGAGCUGGAGAGAUCCGGCGCCUUCUACUUCAUCAGCGGGGCCCCGGGCCACUGCGAGAAGGGCCAGAAGCUGAUCGUCGUCGUGUUGUCGCCCAGGCAUGCCUACGCCAGAGUGAGCUCUCCGGCUCCUGCUCCGGUGGAGCUUGAGGGGCCGGCAGUGGCUCCGACCAGUGGAGCUGAGAGAUCCGGCCUCGACAGGGGUUUGGCCUUGGCGGCGGGCUCGUUGUUGGGGGUCGUCGGCUUGGGCUUGUUUUGAGUUGGAAGAUACAGGAUUUCCGUUUUGUGUGGGGAUGGGAUGGACUCGUGAUGUUUCCUUCUCAAUUUUUUUUACCAUGAUUCUUUCAUUCUUUGCAAAUUUGCAGGCUAUCGAAUUUAACAUGUAUUAAUAUUGGCUUGAGCAAUUCAUUCAUUUUAUUUUUCUGAAGAAAAGAAAAA